GGGAGCCAUAGGAGGUGCAGCAGGAGUCCCUGUGAACGUGUUACUCAACCUGAGAAGCUCCCAGUGUUUGUACACCUGCAUAACCCUUGUGUGUUGCCCUUUCAUGGUCAGGCAGUUUACAAUGUUCCUGUUGGUACUGCUUACCCUGGACACCCACCUAUACCAUCAUUUGGCAGACAGAUACUCCACAGUGGUCACUCGUCAGCGAACUCUGGGUGUAGUUCUGUUGUGCUGGGUGGCCUCUGUUCUCUCCUCCUUUGCUCAGUUCAUCGGCACAGAUGUCCUCAAUGCCAGGACGAGCAAUACGGAUCCAGGCACAGUGGGUCUUGAGUUGGAUGGUAACUGGACAACUUCUUUACCCCAUCUCACCUCUUCCCCAUCCCCUAAGUAUGACGUCAAAGUCAUUGGGAAGUACCUUCCAUACGGAGGCUUCUUGUCAAAAUUUUAUGUGGAGGACAUGAGCAACUUUACCUAUGCUGAGAUUCACAGCAGCCACUGGACACUCUGUGCUCCUGACACUAUUCUCAGUCCCCAAUUCUUGGUCUAUGUUCACGGGAUGACGGCUUUUAUCCUCCCCUUGCUUUGCCUCCUGGCCAUUUACAUUGACCUGCUAUGCAUGAAGCAGAGGAAGACUCCUUUUAGUCAUGCAGAUCCACCAAAACAUGACUUCUGCUUGGCCCGCUCCCUGGCCCUCUCCCUCUCCCUUUUAGUUCUCCUGUGCCUGCCACUCCACAUUAUCCACGCUCUCCUGCUUUUUACCCCGAGUACCUAUGUUCCUGACUGGGUUCGUAUAUUUGCCUUGUUCCUCUUCCAGCUUUACAGUCUUGUGCCCCAGAUCCUUUUCACUCCUCCUAGGAAACACAUGGGGGAAGAACAGGCAUCAUUCCCUCUCACUGUUACCAACCUUCCACCUGCAGUAGCCCAGUCCAGAGGAAAAUCUGUCCGUAUGGCACUGUGUGAGGUGAUGCAGGCAGCUCCAUGGUCUUCAGCCAAACACUCCCUUAAAGCCAAAGUGUGCCCAGAGGUCUAAAUUCUUGGAAGAUCUGGGCUAAUGUUCUCAGCAGAUAGAGCAACAUUCCCUCCAUGUUUCGUGUGCAUAAAAAAUAGUAUUUGAAACAAAUGACCUGUGGACUGAAGAAAUGUGGCAUAUUUCUGUUUGUUGUUGGCUUUUAAGCAAUCUGCAACCUUGUGCAAACACAUAAUGAAUAACUAGCAAAUGAUAAGGCCAGUUAAUUAUCAGGUCCCACACCAAAUGUCAGUGAGAAAAUUAAGUCUCUAGGUGAUAACUACUAUCCUGAUCACAGAUGUCUGUUUUCUUUGACUGCUCUUCCUAUGGGUCUUAUUCUAAGCCUGCUUUAAAUCUCUACUAAGCCAACCACCAGUAAUGUAGAUAUAUGAGUGACAGCAUUUAAUUAAACCUUCAGUAGUGGUCCAGGGAGAAAGGUGGCAUUGUAAGGAAAACAUAAUUAACCUGGUUAUGACACAAUUUUCAUGGCUGCUUUGAUUAAACUUGUAAAUACAAUACGAUUCUCUCUUGUAAUAAAAAGGGCCUUAUUCACACUAAUUGGAUUGUUCAUCUUGAAGCAUGUUAGUGUUAAGAAAUCAGUGAUGGAGAAAACAGUGGCAAUCCAUCUCCCUCUGCAUAGGACAUAUGUAUGUAUUACUCUUUUUUGCACUUGUUCACUUGUAAAAACCUAUAUGACAU